AUGGGUUACCAGGCUGGGCCUAGCAUCAUAGGAAUCCUCAACAAUAUCGUCUCUAAGGUUAGGCUGUGGAAAUCCGUGUUCGCCUCUGCUGGUGUUACCAGCAUUGUCGCUUUAGAUCUCAACCCCCUCUACGAUCCUACUGGACUGCUCUCAACAGAGUUUGAGUCGAAGGCUGCUUCAGGUGGCAAGUCCACCAUUGCUAACGAAGCUGUGCGGCUAGAUGCAGCGUACAAAACUGCCAUUGGUGCCUGUGCGUAA